AUGGCAGGCAGGCACAAUCUCCUAUCUCUGGCCUGUAGAGCCAUUGUCCAAUCUCCCCGAGCGCAAACUGGGACCUCCUUUCUUAAUUCUGUCCUCCCCGCGUCGAGGCGAGCCAAAAGUACGAAUUCAACUUCAGCUCUAGCAUACAAGGCUCUUCACAGGAGGUCACCUCUUCCUCUCCCAGUAUCAGACACCUCUCCCCAAUAUGGCGCGGCAGCAGCUGUUUCCUCCAUCCUCUACGAAACCCCGGUGGCCCCCCAAGCACCUCCCAAGAAACACAUCCUGAACUGUCUGGUGCAGAACGAGCCCGGUGUCUUGUCUCGUGUGUCUGGCAUUCUAGCGGCCAGAGGAUUUAACAUCGACUCUCUGGUCGUGUGUAAUACGGAGGUAGAGGACCUGAGUCGAAUGACCAUCGUGCUGCAAGGUCAGGAUGGCGUUGUUGAGCAAGCUCGGAGGCAAUUAGAGGAUCUGGUACCUGUAUGGGCUGUGCUGGAUUAUACAUCUGCCGCUUUGGUGCAGCGCGAGUUGCUGCUAGCCAAAGUCUCUAUUUUGGGCCCCGAGGUGUACGAGGAAUUGAUGGAGCACCAUCGCGAGAUGACCAGUCCCGAGUCGGACCAAGGUCCAGCAGAUGUGGAAAGUGCCGAAGAGAAUGCAGACAAGAGGUUGCAGGAGUUGGAAGCAAACAAGCCUGAAGAAUCAACUCUCGUUCAACGAGCCAAAGACAUGCUUGGUCAAGGUGCCAGCUACCAUCCAAGCCGUCUGGCUGCUAGUCAGGCUUUGCGACAUAAACAUGAGCAUCUCGAGGCCAUCACCCAUUUGACUCACCAGUUUGGCGGAAAGGUUCUAGAUAUCAGCACCAACAACUGUAUUGUGGAACUCUCUGCGAAACCGAGCCGAAUCGACUCCUUCAUGAAACUGAUUUCUCCGUUCGGCAUUCUCGAAUCAACUAGGACGGGAUUAAUGGCACUCCCUCGAUCACCACUCUAUGAUCCAAAUGACGAGCACGUGCGGGAGGCUGAUGAUGUGGUUGACGCCAGCACUCUUCCUCCCGGCUAG